GCAUCAUGCCUUUCAAACUGCAAUGCAGUUCUUUUACCACAGACUGGGAACACAAUAAGCAUGCCCUUUUACAGCUAUGCUUCGGGAUUCCAACCAUCAGUUGUAACUUCCACUUCUGGUUUAUAUCAGUAUCCAACAAUGGCAGUGCCUGGUGCUAAUCCUUCUAAUUCUAGUCAUGUUCAACAAAAUUCUCCAUUAAUACCAUCUACACAUCUUCCUCAGCCAGUCUCUAAUAAUUCAUCAAAUCUGUCAUCUUAUAUGUUAACAGGAACUACUAUUUCACAUAGUACAAAUAUUCCAAAUUCACCUUAUAAUUCCUUCCGUCCUCAGACUCCUCCGAUGCAAAAUGUAGCUGUUCAGUCUCAUCCAGUAGCCCCACAACCAAGCUUUAAUUAUGCUUUGUAUCAACCACUUCAUUCUCAGCAUUCGACAUCGGUUAAACCUCCGAAUGCUGUACCAUCCAAUCAGACUUUUAUAAGAUCGUUUCCAACAAUAAGACAAAACAUUCCUUUAGUUGGAAAUUUAACAAACAGUGCACCUAUGCCACCACCUAAUCGGUUUUCUACACCUCCAUUAGUAAAUAAAAAUCAAGGAAAUUUUGCAAGUAAUAAAUGUGAAACAAGAGGGAAACAAGGAACAAAUAUUUGUCAGAAUUCUCCAAAAGUCAAUAGAAGUCCUCAGUUACAACUUGGAACACUUCUAUCUUCCACUUCAAAUCUUGGAUCAGUUUAUUGUAGAGGCUAUCGUCCAGCAUUACAAGAUAUUCAAUUCAUUGGUCAUCCAUUGCAGCAUACUUUUAAUACCCUUAUUAUGUCUCAGCAACAGCAUAAUGGUACAAGGCAUUCUCAUACGCGCCAAUCCAAAGCACGUAAACAACGAGAAAAAGCAGCCAGUAAUAAUGCUAAUAGAGGAAUUUCUUCAAAUAAUAAUAUGCAAGAUUCAAAAAGUGGAAAUGUUCUUCAGGUUGAAGGCCUUCCUUUUGGAAUGAAGAAAACCGACAUGGAACGCUACCUGGAACCCGUAAUAAAUUUUGGUGGAAAAAUUCAGUUUAUUCUUGCUGAUGGAAAAAACUGUGGUGGAAAUGAUAUAGUUAUAGGAUCAAAACAUCAAGUAUUAGCAGUUUUUGAGUCAAGUACUAUUGCUCAGAGUGCACUAUUAAAUAUCAAGACCAACAAAUUCCAAUUGAGGCCUCUAUGUAGAAAGGAUAGAAAUAGCUGUUCAAAGAAACUUUAACAAAAGGAUUUUGGGGUAGUAUGACCAGAAUAUUAUUUUUAUAAAACUGCAAAGAAAUAUUUAUAUGAAGUUUGUCUGUUAUUUGAAGAGAAUCACAUCCUGUCUCAUUGAAUUUCUCUCUAGCUCAUAUGAUCUGGUUACAUUUCUGAAUUUGAAUUUAAUUACAAACAAAC